CAGCUGAAUAUAUUAAGCCUCCAAAUAAGCGGUAUUUAUAUUCGUGGGGCGUCCUCGGUCCGUGCGCGCUUUCUCCUAAAGAAAACAAGCACGGCCCGCACCUGUGUCAAAAGAGCAGUUUCCGACCAAUUAAAGCCCAGACAACAAGUGCGUGUGUUUUUAUUCCGAUGAGGAUAUUAUUAAAUGGGGUUCUAGAGCUCAUUUCUGCCGCGGUGGAUUUGGAAGCGGAUUUAUUCUAUUUGGGAUCUUGUCAUUUAGAGCAAAGGAAUACAGCAGAGACAGCAAAUCCCAUCGGAUUGACAGGUUCUUCAUCAGGAUGUUGCAGUGAUUGAGGUGAAACAUCUGGUCAUGAUGAUGUGGCGUUUUGGGAACCCGACCUGUAUGAGUCAGGCCAACUGUUACAGCAAUGCUUCCAAAGACUACUGCUACUCAGCCCGGAUCCGCAGUACCGUGCUGCAGGGCCUGCCCUUCGGAGGGGUUCCCACUGUCCUCGCGCUGGACUUUAUGUGCUUCCUGGUUCUUCUUUUUGUCUUCUCCAUCUUGCGGAAAGUGGCAUGGGAUUACGGCCGUCUGGCCCUGGUGACCGACGCUGACAGUGUGGCUACAGCUCUUCAUUCUGAAACUCCAGACCGAUAUGAACGUCUCACCUCCGUCUCCAGCUCGGUGGAUUUCGAACAGCGAGAUAAUGGCUUCUGUUCCUGGUUGACGGCCAUAUUUAGAAUAAAGGACGAGGAGAUCCGGGAGAAGUGUGGAGAAGAUGCCGUUCAUUACCUGUCGUUCCAGCGGCACAUCAUCGGUCUGCUGGUUGUGGUGGGCGUGCUGUCGGUGGGCAUCGUUCUGCCAGUCAACUUCUCAGGCAACCUACUGGAAAAUAACGCAUACAACAUCUUUACACACAAAAAAAUCCAAAACUAAAACUCUGGAAAUAACCUUUUAUGGCUGCACACAUCAUUUGCCUUCAUGUACCUGCUCCUCACCGUCUACAGCAUGAGACGCCACACGUCCAAGAUGCACUACAAAGAAGAUGAUCUGGUCAAACGCACUUUAUUUAUCAACGGCAUCUCCAAAUAUGCAGAAGAAAGCCAUAUAAAGCAGCACUUUGAACAGGUGUACGAGAACUGUGUCGUUCUGGAAGCGCGUGUUUGUUACAAUGUGGCCAAACUGAUGUCCCUCAACGCCGAGAGGAAGAAGACUGAACGCAGUAAGAAGUUUUUCACAGAUCUGAUGGCUAAGGAGCACAUUCCUGCUAUGAUCAACCCCAAACCCUGCGGUCACCUGUGCUGCUGCGCCAUUACAGGCUGUGAAGAGGAGGAGGCCGUGAGUUAUUACACCAAACUGGAGGCCAAACUGAAAGAGGAGUACAGGAAGGAGAAGGAGAAAGUCAACACCAAACCUCUGGGCAUGGCGUUCGUCACCUUCCAGAACGAGGCCAUGACGGCAAUCAUCCUGAAGGACUUUAACGCGUGUCAGUGUCAGGGCUGUAAGUGUCGUCAGGAGCCGCGCUCCUCUCAGUUCAGUGACAGUCUUCAUGUCUAUGACUGGAAUGUCAGCUACGCGCCGGACCCCCAGAACGUGCGCUGGGAGAAUCUGUCUCUGGGAGGAGUUUCCUGGUGGCUUCGCUGCUUCAUCAUUAACUGCAUCCUCUUCCUCCUCCUCUUCUUCCUCACCACUCCGGCCAUCAUCAUCUCCACUAUGGACAAGUUCAACGUCACCAAGCCUGUGGAGUAUCUGAACAACCCGAUCAUCACUCAGUUUUUCCCCACACUGCUCCUGUGGGCCUUCUCCGCCCUGCUGCCCACCAUCGUCUACUACUCCGCCUUCUUCGAAGCCCACUGGACCAGGUCGGGUGAGAACAGGACCACCAUGCACAAGUGCUACACUUUCCUGAUCUUCAUGGUUCUCUUGCUGCCGUCUCUGGGUCUCAGCAGUUUGGACGUUUUCUUCCGCUGGCUGUUUGACAAAAAAUUCCUGGCCGAAGCCACCGUCAGAUUUGAGUGUGUCUUCCUCCCUGAUAACGGAGCGUUUUUUGUGAAUUACGUCAUCGCGUCGGCGUUCAUCGGAAACGCCAUGGAUCUGCUGCGGAUUCCAGGUCUGCUCAUGUACAUGAUCCGGCUGUGUUUGGCUCGCUCGGCCGCGGAGAGACGCAACGUCAAACGGCAUCAAGCCUAUGAGUUUCAGUUUGGAGCCGCCUACGCCUGGAUGAUGUGCGUUUUCACCGUCGUUAUGACGUACAGCAUCACCUGCCCAAUCAUCGUCCCCUUCGGACUGAUGUACAUGCUCCUGAAGCACCUGGUGGACCGCUACAACAUGUAUUACGCUUACCUGCCCUCCAAACUCGACAAGAAGAUCCACUCUGGAGCCGUCAAUCAGGUGGUGGCUGCGCCGAUCCUGUGCCUCUUCUGGCUGCUGUUCUUCUCCACCAUGAGGACAGGGUUUUUGACCCCGACGUCCAUGUUUACCUUCGUGGUGCUCAUCAUCACCAUCGUGGUCUGCCUGUCGCACGUGUGCUUCGGUCACUUCAAGUACCUCAGCGCGCACAACUACAAGAUCGACACCAAGGACACGGAGAUCGACGGAGUGGAGAACGGACGUCCUGCUAGAUCCUCACCCUCCAACAAAUCUCAGCAGCAGAUGUACAUCGCCCAGGUCCUGCAGGACCCAAACUCUGACGAGACCGGAGCAGGCAGCGGAGAGUCCUCGCAGGACGAGGAGAUGAUCAACGGCGGGAACAGCCUAAACGAAGCCGACUUCCAGUCCGGAGAGGACAGUCUCAUCGCCAACGAGGUCCACCAGUAACCACAGCCGAGAGAACCACAAAGACCCGAUCGCAAGGCCUUCAUCCGCACAUGUCUGUUUGUCUCCGUCGAACGCUGUGACAUCAGCACCUUAGAAACCCACGUCUGCCAAAACACUCAGACUGUACAUACGCUUACAAACCAUUUCGCACAUGUGCAUGAACACACUCGUUUGGAAGCUCAAAGACUUCCCGGAUUGCCCUUUUCGAAAAAAUUCCAAGUUUGGAUUAAAAAAAAAAACGCCUCAGGAAAUGGAAUAACGGAUGGGAAAAUGUCCUGUUUUCGUCGCGCUCUUUCUCCCUUGGUUCGCCUUAACAUCGAUAGUAUUCCUAGUCGCCGGCUUUAUUUGCUAGCUUUUUCUUGUUCGUUGCCUAAGCGAUUGGAUCUGGCAUUCCAAAGGAAACGUGCAAUAGUGAGAGCGUGUCAUCAGAAUUCGGCUUUAGACUGCGUUCACUGUACAGAACACUAACAGACUACGGCGAUGGCAUUCUUGAGUUCCUCGCGCUCCGAUUUGAACUUCUCCCCGAUGUACAGUAUUUCCAGAGACGCGCUGUGUGUUAGUGUUGUCACUGAAUGACCCAUAAUCUUACGUUUUUGUUUUGUUUUGGUAUUUUUAACGCUAUUUUUGCCUUUAACGGAUGUGUUUGUAUGCCUGCAACGGAGUACUGACGUUCCCGUCUUUGUAGCGCAGUAGAAACCGCUCGCAGCUCAUAACGUGACCUUACGGACUAGAUGCAAAACAGCGAUGGAUAAGAUUCAUAGUUAACCAAAUACGUUUGAUCGGGAACCUGCAAAUUGAGAUCUUAGUUUAGAAACGGAAUCCCUGUAGUUUGGAUCGUGUAAACGAGGACGGGCUCUUGUUUGGUGCCUGCUUUUGUACAAAUUGUUUUGGGAGAAAUCUGGCAUCGCAAAUGCAUUUAAUUACAAACGACUGACUGAGUUUAUUUUUUUACUUUUUUUUUUUCUAGUUGUAUAGUUAAACCUGUUGAGAUUGAUUUAAUCCAAAUACUAAUAUUAAGAGAAAUGUAGCCGUCACAUGAAGCAUCUGACCGUCGAUACGCAGCAGCAACAAACGACGUCGCUUCAGUUUUAGUGAGCUACUUGAGAAAUAAGAACGGCUUGUAGCGAAAAACCACCAGUGAAGACUCAUCGCUAGAGAUCUGAUCCGGUUGCGAUGAACCCCAAGCUGAGAUAAACCUUAAUUCUGAUUCAUAAAAGAAAAUGAUCAAGUGACGAAUUAUCAUGCUUAGGGUUUUGUUACAACAGGUCUCCAUUAUGUCUGUCUUAAAGAAACAGUUCACCCAAAAAUGAAAAUUUGCUUACCAAGUCCUCACCCUCAGGCCAUCCAAGAUUAGAAUGAGUUUGUUUCUUCAUCAGAUUUGGAAAAAUAUGUCAUUGCAUCAGUGU